AAUCUAUUCGGCUUCGCUCGAAGGAUUAUUGGAGGAAGAAAGACUAACCUGUUUGUUUUACUGCACUGAAUUAUUUUUUUGCUCCAUAAGAGAUCAUGCUGGAAUUAUUUCUUGUAAUUGAUAUUACAAAUCUAUUCAAUGACAGUGAUAUAUGGCGGAUUUUGAACAGAGAGCGUCCAUUCGGAAAAGGAACUAACAAUGACUGUGUUAACCUAACAAUAAUCUGUGUUUCCCUAAAUCGACGUAGAAGAAGGUGGAAAACAGCAAAAUGUGAAAGAAGGUGGAAAAGAAGAUGAAAAAGAGUAACUAUAUGUCCAAGGACACUGCCCGGUUCUAAGGGAAAGGCGGCCCUACUAGACCUCUUCCCCUGACCACCCCGCGCUAAACCCGCCACGCCGCAGACCACGAUCGCCUUCCGCAUUGCUUUGGAAAGCGAAAUCGAAAGCGGCGCAAAACUGGACCUUCCUCCCACCCAGGCGAGCUCCGCCACUGCGGAGGCUGGAUUUUCCACUCGGCCCUCCUCCUCUCCUCCUCCUCCUCCGCCCGGCUUUUCCCGUUCCAGCAAGGGAGCCAAGCGCUCAGCCUGCCCAGGUACCGAGCGUGGCGGCCGGAGGGAGCCAGCGCGCUCACCUGUUGCUCGCCUCCUCAUUCUCGCGGGGAUCCUUUUUACCGUGCGCGUGACAGGAUUAGAGGGGAGGCAACUCUCCCUUGGCCCGGUCAGCUAUAGGGAAGAGGGAAGGUGAGAAGAGAAGAGGACCAGUGGGGCAAACGCAUUCGCGCUCCCGAGUGAACCACCAAAUGUUCCCAUUACUAGUGUGGGAGAAGCUCAGUGGAAUAUAUUUGUCCUUGGAGAGGAAGGUGAAUCGGCUAGGAAAUUCCCUUUUCAAGUUUGCAAUGAGCUCAGGACCCUUCUUCCUUGCUUUGCAAUGUAGAAUAAGAGGAAGAGAACAUACAGUAAUGGAGUAUAUGAGUACUGGUAGCGAAAAUAAGGAAGAAAUUGACUUACUGCUGACAGAUUUAAAUAUGUCGGAAGUAAUUGACAUCAUGGAGAACCUUUAUCCCAAAGGUGACCUGACAAUUUACAAAGACAGCCUCAUUGCUCUGCAUCCGGAAAAGAACAAAAAUGAGGAACGGACCGAAUCUUUGCUGUUCAGCCGAAGAGAAGUUUCUUUGCUUUCCUGUGUCAAGUAUGGGACUGUGGACGAUCUCCUUGCAUUUGCCAAUCAGGUGUCAAACACUGCAAAGCAAAUAUGCCAGCACAGGAGACAAGAAUCUGGAAUCAUAUUAAACAUGAUCAAACCCAAAAAUGGGCGUUAUAAGAUUGACUCAGAUGUGCUUCUAUUUCCUUGGAAGCUAACUUACCGAAAUAUUGGGACUGAUUUCAUUCCACGGGGUGCUUUUGGGAAAGUAUAUUUGGCACAAGAUACAGAAACCAAAAAGCGGAUGGCUUGCAAGCUGGUCCCAGUGGAGCAGUUCAAGCCAUCAGAUGUUGAAAUCCAAGCUUGUUUUCGCCAUGAAAAUAUUGCUGAACUUUAUGGAGCUGUCUUAUGGGAUGAGACAAUCCAUCUCUUUAUGGAGGCAGGAGAAGGAGGCUCUGUCCUAGAAAAGAUAGAAAGUUGUGGGCCUUUGAGAGAAUUUGAAGUCAUCUGGCUGGCAAAACAUAUUCUCAAAGGACUUGAGUUUCUUCACUCAAAGAGAGUUAUUCAUCAGGAUAUCAAACCAAGCAACAUUGUUUUCAUGUCUACCAAAGCUGUUUUAGUGGAUUUUGGGCUUAGUGUUCAAAUGACAGAAGAUGUUUACUAUCCCAAAGAACUUCGAGGAACAGAGAUUUACAUGAGUCCAGAAGUGAUUCUCUGCCGAGGCCACAAUACAAAAGCUGACAUCUACAGCCUAGGAACAACCAUCAUCCACAUGCAAACUGGCAUUCCACCAUGGGUCAGUCGAUAUCCUCGUGCAGCCUAUCCCUCCUAUCUCUACAUAAUCCAUAAACAGGCUCCGCCACUUGAGGACAUUGCUGAGGAUUGCAGUGCUAAUAUGAGACAAUUAUUGGAAGCUGCUCUUGAAAGGAAUCCCAACCAGAGACUUUCGGCUACAGAAUUGCUCAAACAUGAAGCCUUGCACCCAUCACGGGAGGAACAGCCUCGGUGUCAGAGUUUGGACUCAGCUCUUUUUGCACGAAAGAAGUUGCUGGAGAAAAAUGAGUCGGAACUCUCUGAGAAUAUUUCAGAUUCUUCAAGUCUUGGGAUUACUGAGGAAUCGGAUUUGCUCAGGAGACAGCGUUCAUUAUAUAUAGACCUUGGAGCAUUAGCUGGCUACUUUAAUAUUGUCCGGGGACCAACAGCAUUAGAUUAUGACUAGAUUUGAGGAUCUCUCAUGUGGAAUUGAACAGGAAUACUAUAUAUAUAGAAGGAUAGGAGAGAGAGAAAAGCUUUAAUUGGCUGUGCUUGGAUUCUUUGAACUCUUAACAAUGUUUAAUGAAUGUACUGUACUGGAUGAAUUCCGUUGCUACUUCUAAUCACUCCCCCAUCCCAGUGCUCUGGUAACUGAUUUUUAAUACGGUUACACUGAUUGGUUUGCUUUGAUUAUCAAGUGAAAUAAUCAUCUCCUUUUUAAAUAAUAUUUUGAGACUUUUUUGUCAUACUUCCUAACUCUCAGUGCUGUUGCAAUGACCUCCUUUUUUCAGACUGAGGGUGUGGCAAAUUUAAGAAUUCUGUACAUAAGCUAAGAACAUUUCCAAGAGAACAAGACUGAAUUCAACAUCACCUAGUUUCCUAAUUAAUAUGUAUUGUUUAAUUCAUGUAUAUCUACUGGUUUGAGGAAGAAAACCCCUAUUGUGACUUGCACCUCCUGUUUAAAUUUUUAAUUAUCAAGCUGCUAGACAGAGAAUUGUCAAAAUGCCUGUUCCCCAUGCUGGCUGCAAAUAUUUUCUAUCAAAAUAGUUCUUUGGCAUGAAUGGGAACUAUGCCAAUUCUUGAGAUAAAUUCUGUCAUGUGAAUGUAAAUUACACAAAGACUUAGUAACUGUAAUCAUAGGCUAUUUGAAUGUUAAUACAUUGUAUAAUGCUCAUGAGGGUGAGCUUAAUUUAAUUUAAGAACUAUGUGUUAAAAAUAGACAUGUAGUUAGGUGUUAUGAUUGUUUUAUUUCCUAUGGGAAAAAUACCUCCUUUUGUUUUUGAAGAUUUGAGUACAUUUAAAACAGUGUUUUGAAUGAUAGUAAAACUGGUUCAAGAACAAAGCUUUGUACAUCCUGUGGGAUGAAUAUAUCAACUUUUAUAAAACAGUUUAGUAGUUUAUUAAGCUAUUUUUUAAGAGGCAUACUAUGUAUGUUAUAAAUAGAGUGAUUAAUAACAUCAUGGUUUAGAUUUUAUAUUUAAAUGUCUUUGUAUGUAAAAUGCAUUUGUAUAAAUUUCUUGAAGUCCUAAUUCCUGAAUCAGCUAUUGUAAAAAAUAAUAAAUUUCUAUUAAACAUAUUUACUGUGAAAGUGAUAUGAAA